UUUGAUAUUGACUGGAUCAGGGUAAGGUGACCAAAGAUUGCGCCAAACCUUGUACAGCGCCUCUCCUUCAACCCGCGAUCAUCUUGACUUUACCCUUUCGCGGCCUUCUCCUUUGACCUACUCUUUCCUCAAAGCGCGUUCGUCAUUCAGAGCCUGUAGUCUAGGCAGCACGUUAUCUGAUACAUCAUGGAUGAGGAUCUAGGCGCGAGUCAGUGGGACGACAUCCCGCCCCGGGUCGUGUCGCCUUCAGCCGAGCCGCCUAUUGACGACUUGAACCCCUUUAGCCCCUCAGGCGAUGCAGCAGCUGCGCCUGAAUCAACUGAUGCGCAAGAUCCGGAAUCGGCAGCAGAGCCAACGACGGGACCCACAGAGGACAGCACACCAGCGGCGGAGAUCAAGCAAGAUAAAGAGAACGGCGAGUCCGACACACCAAAGAAGCCGCUCGAAAACCCAAUUGCGAAACUGGCAGCAGAGUUAACCGGCGCUGCGCCGAAAGAGCCCAUUUCAAAGACAGCAGCUUCGAGCGGUACAUAUGCCGCUGUGCCCGCGGCGGCAUCGCGAGCUCGCGCGUUGCGCAUGGCGCGGUCGCGUAAGAGCUCGCUUCCGCCUGGUGCGCCUGCGCCGGUGGAUGAUGGGGGCUUGUUUAGCAGUAAGGUUACCUUUGAGGAUCUCGAUCCGGCUGUGAAUCCUCUUGGUCCGAUCGACGAUGCUUCGCCGUCUACGGAGACACCCGAAGAGGAGGCGGCGGCGGGCGGCGAUGCGAAUGAUGUGUUGAUCCCGAAGGAGUUUGAGAACGAGCGCGGUUUGCAGAGUGCUAAAGAGUCUGCAGCGAUGGCGGCCGCGGUCGCAGCGGACCCGUCGCUGAUGUAUGUGCCGAUGGCGGUUACGGACGCCUAUGCUGCUAGCGCACCUGGCAGCUCUACUGGCAUGGGUGCCGGUCGUCACCAGCCCAUCGAGCAAGCUGCGAAGCCAUCGUUUGUGAUUUCUGUGGGCGAUCCGCUGAAGGUCGGCGAGCUGACGAGCGCGCAUACGGUCUACAACGUCCGCACGCAGACGACGUCCAAGGCGUUCAAAUAUAACGACUUUACAGUCACGCGACGAUACCGUGACUUCCGAUGGCUGUACCAUCAGCUGGAGAGCAAUAACCCAGGUGUGAUAGUGAGCGCUCCGCCGGAGAAGCAGCAGAUGGGAAGGUUUGAUGAGAACUUUGUCGAAGGGCGCCGAGCCGCUCUUGAGAAGAUGCUGAAUCGUAUCGCAUCUCACCCGCAACUGCAGAACGAUCCUGAUCUGAAGCUUUUCCUCGAGAGCGACACAUUAAACACGGAUAUCAAGUUGCGUGAGAAGAUGGGAGGCGCGUCGAGCGAGCCGGCGAAAUCAGGGGGGAUUUUUGGCGCGCUGUCGUUUAACGGAAAGUUUGUUGAGACAGACGAGUGGUUCGUUGACAAGAAGCAGUAUAUCGACGCGCUGGAGAUACAGCUGCGCUCGCUAGCUCGUGCGCUUGACACGGUGAUUAUUCAGCGUAAAGAGCUGGCCGAUACUACUGCUGAGUUUGCGGCCGCGCUCGCGUAUUUGGGUGAGGUUGAGCUGUCUCGACCGCUUUCGGCAGCGAUCACAGGAUUGGCUGAGAACGAGCAGAGGAUCCGAGAUUUGCACGAGCGACAAGGGUUGCAGGACAUGCUCACGCUCGGAGAUACGAUUGACGAGUACGUGCGCAUGAUUGAGAGCAUCAAGAACGUGUUCCUGCAGCGGCAGAAGAGUUAUCUCGCGUGGCAGUCUGCCGAGCAGGACCUUGCAAAGAAGCAGCAGUACAUUGCGCGAGCGCUGCGGAGCGGCAAGACUGCGCCGGAGCGCGUGAGCGCGAUGCAAGAAGAAGCAAGCGAGCACGAGCGCAAGGUGUACAAUCUACGGGUAGCCUACGACGACGUGUGCAAGACCAUCAAGGUCGAGUACGAGCGGUUCCAGCGCGAGAAGGUUGAGGACUUCCGGGCGAGCGUGGAGACGUAUCUCGAGAGCGCGGUCGAGAGCCAGAAGGAGGCGAUCGAGCUCUGGGAGACAUUCUACGAACGGCAGGGAUUUGCGGAGACGGAGCAGCGGCAGGCCGAGGAGCGGCAGCAGCAGCACGCGCAGACACAGUCGCAGAUGGCGUGAGUGGGAAGGAGGGAGGGUAGGAAAGGAGUUAAAUACACGAUGCGGAGGUGUAAACGGCGGCAGGAGCAGGAGCAGUUAGUAAAUAUAUGCGGAGGUGUAAACGGCGGCAGGAGCAGGAGCAGUUAGUAAAUAUA